ACCCCUUCGAUGUGCUGUGCUGGAUCUUGCCUGAAGGGCUGAGCCUGGAGCCUUGGCCUCGGCAGGAGCUAUUUUUCAGAAUGCUGGACAAGUUGCUCCUCUCAAGAAGCAACCCCCCCUGCCAACUAGGAGUGGCCAACGUGUAGAGCUUCAGCAGUGGAAGCGGGAGUGGGGAACUCUGCUUGUGAACCCAGACACUGGCUGUACAGACCCCAGGGGGAGUUGCUGCUGUCUGGAAAAGCAUGGAUGGGAGUCUGGUGCCUGUGGAGGGGAUUCAGCCCCUUCAAAGAAACGGUCUCUCUACUAAGGCUCCUAAGAAAUCUAAAAAGGGUGUUCUCUUUUUUGAGGUGGAGAUUCUGGAUGCCAAGACCCGCGAAAAGCUGUGCUUCCUGGAUAAGGUGGAGCCCAAUGCCACCAUAGCAGAAGUCAAGAGCCUCUUCACUAAGUCACAUCCACAGUGGUAUCCAGCCCGGCAGUCUCUGCGACUGGAUCCCAAGGGGAAGUCCCUGAAGGAUGAAGACAUUCUUCAGAACUUGCCAGUGGGCACCACAGCAACACUGUAUUUCCGGGAUCUGGGAGCACAGAUCAGCUGGGUGACUGUCUUCCUUACUGAAUAUGCCGGGCCCCUUCUAAUCUACUUGCUCUUUUACUUCCGGGUGCCUUUCAUUUAUGGUCAUAAGUAUGACUUCACCUCCAGCAAAUACUCUGUUGUACACCUAGCCUGCAUUUGCCACUCUUUCCACUACAUCAAGCGGCUCCUGGAGACCCUCUUCGUCCACAGGUUCUCCCAUGGAACAAUGCCCUUGCGUAAUAUCUUCAAGAACUGCACCUACUAUUGGGGCUUUGCUGCCUGGAUGGCAUACUACAUCAACCAUCCUUUGUAUACGCCUCCAGCAUAUGGACAUGAACAAGUGAAACUGGCACUCAUCAUAUUCCUGUUCUGUCAACUUGGAAAUUUCUCGAUUCAUAUUGCUCUGCGGAACUUGCGCCCUGCUGGCUCCAAGGCCAGGAAGAUUCCAUAUCCUACCAAGAACCCCUUCACGUGGCUAUUCUUGCUGGUCUCCUGCCCUAAUUAUACUUAUGAGGUGGGAUCCUGGAUUGGCUUUGCUAUUAUGACUCAGUGCCUUCCAGUGGCUCUGUUCUCCCUGGUUGGCUUCAUCCAAAUGACCAUCUGGGCAAAAGGAAAGCAUCGAAGUUACCUGAAAGAGUUCCGGGAUUACCCACCCCUGCGUUCGCCCAUUGUCCCCUUCCUGCUCUGAGCUGUGGAGGCAGUUGCCUCUUGGUCUGGGCUGAUAACAGUUCUAUUUUGUGUCUGGUUUCUUUUUUUUUUUAACCCUUGUGUGCAGCUGUUGUUGGAGUCUACAAUGGAGUUUUCUCUUGCUGUCUGCACUGUGAUUCGAGGGAAGCUGUGGGGAUUUCUUGUUUCUGUUCAUUUCUGGGACCCCCACAGCUUCUGAGUUCUCAUCCCAUUCCAGAGCCUUUCUGAGCUUGGGAUCUAGCCACCUACCUUCCCCCACUUAGCAUCAUAAAACCAAAAGCUGCAGUAGAGAACAAAGGUCCAAAGGGAACAAUCUUAUUUUUGCAGAGAAUGAAGAACUGAAGCAGCUGCUGGGCCCUGAAGUCUGCAAGAGAAGGUGCCAAAGCCUGAACUUAGGCAGCUGGAGCCUGGCUCAGCGCUCCAGUAUAGGUGCUCAGGGGAGCAGCCCCCACCCCCAUUCAUAAGUAGAACUUUAUAAGGGCUGUCUGCCGCCUUGCUCAGCUUUGUGCAUCUUCUCCAUGAUUAACUAGUGUGCUCUUUAAUGCCGGAAGUGGGUGUGGUAUGCAAAGUCCUAAGUGGCACCUCUCUUUCUAGAAAGCUUCCAUAUACAUGUACCCACCACAAGGCCCUGCCUUCAUAUCUCAUGCAGUGUGGCCUUGUGUACCCUGUGACCUGGCUCACAAGCAGACAGAACAGCAACUCGUCCAAGGCCGACUCCGGUCAUGAAAUUUGUAUCACAUAGAGCAGGCAUUGAAGUGCAGAGCUGUGGCAAGGGAGGUGGGAGCGUUGAGAACUCUGAGCUAUAGAAGCAGAGGGGGCAAAACCAGUUGUGAACUGGGGGUAACUGCAGCAUGCCAAGGGUUGCUUCAGCACUACCCAAAGUGCAAGCCGAUCCCGUUUGUCUUAAGGACAAAUGCUUCAAUUUACCUAGGGAAUUCUGAUUAGUGCUGGGCUGCCUUGUCCUCCCACUUCACCUGCUAAGCAGAAGCUGCAUUUUAACCUUGCUCCGCUAUAGGGGAUGGUGGCUGCAGAGCAGGACAGACCUUGGCCAGCUGGAACCCGAGGCCACUGAAGGGAGGUCUGAAAAACACUUUCUACACAAGCUGCAAUCUGUGCUGUUGACAGUAGCCUCAUGUAUUUUAUCUGAAUUCCACUUGCCAGGCUAGAGUCUCAGGCCUCUUUUGCCUAAAAGUGUCCCUUCCUUACAAAUGAUAAUCAGGACUAGGACUGAAAUUUUGUAAGGGGACGCUACAGCUGCACUGAGAAGCUCUAGCAAAAAGAAUUGCUUUUGAACAAGGCUUACAGUUAUAUGUAGUCACUAGAAAGGAGACAAAUAUCUCUAGUUCUGCUGUAGGAGAAAAUUCAGUGUUACAAAAUUGGGGCCUCAGCAUUUGUCAGUCUCCUUGAGAGGGAUUUGCUUCUCUCUUCUUGUUUGUCUUAAUUUCAUUAUGGUUGUAACCCUCUCUAUGCUUACUUGGGCAUAAGCCCCACUGAGGUCAGUGAGGCUUACUUCUAAGUAAACAUGGAUUGGAUCAGGUUGAAAGUUUGCAAUAGUCUUAGAUUUAUGCUGCAUGUGUGCAGUAAGAUACAGGAAACCUGCUAGGCUCCAUGGCAGCUGUUAAAAUGAGCCAACUGACAUGCUGUGUUCUGUUUCAUGUGGAACUGUCUUCCCUCUCAGAACUACACCAAUAAAAGUAAUCCAACCACUGGA